UUGGUGCUGAAGAAACCUCUCUUUUGUCUCAUCAUCGUCUCUGAACUUUCCUUUGGAUCUAAUCAUUUUGAGAGAAGAGCUCUGUAUUUCUCUCUUCAAAUGUUAAUUGCCUAAGAUUUUCUCCUAAGAAACCGCGCCAGCAUCUCCAUCUCCUACUUUCCCACAUUUGGACACAGUUACAUAGAGAGGCAUAUGCUAAUGUGCUGAAGAAAUGCCCCUAAAGUGACCUGAGGGAAUUUUUUCAAUACAUGUUCAUAUAAGCAAGAGAUGAAAGGUGGAAACAUCACCAGGCUGAGGGGGGGAUAUCUUUCCAUUGCUCUGGUUGUUCUUAUGUUUACAACCGUAUUGUUCUGGGCUUGGGAUAAAAAAUAUAUUGCCAGUUUUCUUCCAUUGACAAGAGAGCAGUAUAUGAUACCAGUUUCAGAAUAUGUAGUGGGCGUGUCAAAUAGUUCCUCAACAUCAACUAAGCCAAAGAAUGAAGUGGUCAAGUCAGAGGAUAAAAUGAAGGAAAGAAGUACUAAUACUGAUGAAAAAGAAAAACCAAGAGAAAUCUCACACAACUCUGAUGCUGAUUCUUCCUCCAAGCCCACUCCCGAAUUAAAAGACAAUGAAGAUGGUGUUAUCUUGUCUCCUUCCUCUAAAGUUUGCAACUACGCCAAAGGUAGAUGGGUUGAAGACAACAGGCGUCCAUGGUAUUCUGGAUUUGGAUGUAAACAAUGGCUAUCAAUAAUGUGGGCCUGUAGACUUACAAAAAGAAAGGAUUUUUCGUAUGAAGGAUACAGGUGGCAACCGGAAAAUUGCUAUAUGCCAGAGUUUGAGCGUUCUUCAUUCUUGAGAAGAAUGCAGAACAAAACACUUGCAUUUAUAGGAGAUUCCUUGGGUAGGCAGCAGUUCCAAUCUUUGAUGUGUAUGCUCACUGGUGGUGAAGAAAGUCCUGAAGUCGAAGACGUGGGAAGAGAAUACGGUCUCGCGAAAGCCCCUGGAGCUCUUCGACCAGACGGGUGGGUUUAUCGGUUUCCAAACACAAACACCACGAUUCUAUAUUACUGGUCAGCGAGCCUGUCUGAUCUAGAACCUCUUAAUAGAACAGAUCCAUUAACAGAUAUUGCGAUGCAUUUGGACCAACCCCCAGCUUUCAUGAGAAAGUUCUUCCAUCAAUUUCAUGUAUUGGUUUUAAAUACAGGUCACCAUUGGAACAGGGGAAAACUUCAAGCAAAUAGGUGGGUGAUGUAUGUUGAUGGAAAACCAGCAGAAGAAAAGAAGCCUUUGGAUAUGGCGAAUGCCAAGAACUUGACUGUCUACAGCAUUGCCCGAUGGAUCGAUUCACAACUUCCCCUGCAUCCUCAUAAUCUAAAAGUUUUCUUUAGGACAAUCUCGCCUAGACAUUUCUUCAACGGGGAUUGGAACACUGGGGGAUCCUGUGAUAAUAUGAUUCCAAUGUCGGGCGGGAGCGAGGUUGUCCAAGAUGGAUCCAGUGACAUUGUUGUUGAAAGUGCUUUAAAGGGUACCAAGGUAAAAAUCUUGGAUGUAACUGCCAUCUCUCAGUUGCGCGACGAAGGCCACGUCUCGCGCUACACUCGUAGAGCAAUCCUAAACACAAGUGAUUGCUUGCAUUGGUGCUUACCUGGCAUACCAGACACAUGGAAUGAACUUCUAAUUGCACAGAUAUAGUUUUCAAUGACAGUGCUUCAAGACAUUCACAAGUAGAUUCCACCAUUCAUUUUUUGUAGUCCAAGAAGGCUAGAGUAUACAAGAUUCUUAGUAAUGGUUGUACUUGUACCUAAGAAUUUAUCAAUUUACAUUACACCAAAUAGGCUGCCUGAAGGUACUGUUGAAAAGGAUGUCACACGUAUCGAUGUCUUCUACAAAGUGAAAAUGCCGAGCUAUUUCGACUCAUAGUAUGAGAAUAGUAUCAAUAAUACCAUUUUUGUUUUUUCACAAAUGUUUACUGUUGCUGGCGACAAAUUUUUCUCACACGCUUCGUUUGGUGAAACGUUUGUUCCCAAUUUAAUUUGGUUAAUUGCAUCAA